GCCAAUUUAAACUUGGAAACUGCAAAAAAACACAGAAAACUGUUACCACUGCUUUCGCCCAUGCCUUGAACUAUUUUUAUUUUAUUAUAGAAAGCAGUGCAGUGCAGAGCAAGGCCAAGGCCCGUGAGUGAGGUGUGCGCGUGUGGAGUUAGAAAGGCAGCAUUUGCAUCCAUCUCAUGAAUUGCUUGGAAAUUAUAAAAUUUGUUUUUCGACCAUCUUUACUCAUCAGGUGGCUAGCCUUGGAAUAUGCGUAGAUCAGCGACAAAGCAACGCAAAACGCUGAUGGAAAAGUUAAUAAAGUAAGCAGUUGAAAAAGAAAGGUAAAGCAACCAAUUCGAUCAGCACCCAUCACCCCAACCCGUCCCCGGCCUUCCACACUCGUUGCUUUGCUUUCAUUCUUUUCCUAAUAGAAUAUAUAUUUUUCUUGGAUCCCCCUUCUGCUUUUGCUGUUCACCUCCUCCUUUUGCUGUUCACUCUCUCUCUAUCUCCCUCCCUCUAAACCUACCCCACGCUCGUUGAGAAGAAAGGAACAGAGCGCAAAGGUCCAGCUAGCGACGACCCCGUUUAAAACCCUUGGAGGCGUAGGUCAAUCCCUCCAGAAUUCCAGCACUUUUCUUCUACCAUCCAACCUAGCUGGCCUGCAACUACAAUGGAAGAGUACUACAAAAGAAGUCAUAUUCCGGCAUUUGGGAGCUGGGAUUGCAGCGAUGAUAUGCCCUUCACGGAGUGCUUUGAAUCGGCCAAGCAGGCUGGAUUGCUUCGGUACAGCUACUCCGAAGACCGUGAUUUGUACGUUGCCCGAGAUUUUUACGACAACGAUGUCAUGACACCUGCCAUGAUCGUUGUCCCUCGCCGCCGGAUAAAGGGACGUUACCCGCAUGUUAAAGAAGUAGAAAAGCAAGGGUGGGCGGGCGACGUGAUGAAGGAACCACCCAGCCCUUUUCCUCAGCGCCGACCAGCACCGAAAGCUGUUGAUGAAGAUUUGUACAAGAUUCCGCCAGAGCUCCUCCAUCAAAGGCCUAGAAAAAAAACAGUUCUGGGCUUUUUAGCAAGCUGCCUACUGCCAACUUGCGUUUUGUGAAUCCAGCGAAACUUACAGGGUGUACGUACUCACUCAUAUAUAGUGUGAAAGUGGCAAGAAUAUAUAUAUCAAUCUUGAGUUUAUGUACUUUGUGUGUGGAGAUCCCCCAUUGUUUUGAAUCUUUGGGGUGGUGUUGAAAGGAGUCCACUCUGAAGAAUAUUGAAAAGAGAGUUGUGUUCGUGUAAACUAUAUGCUACACGUAUGUGGAAGUGGAGUUCUGUC